UGCGCGCACCGCCUGGGAACAGCCGCCGGCCCGAGGGGCGCGAUAAAAGGAAAUGCGUCGUAAGGCAAAUUAUUUUCUAUGGCAAAUAAAACUUUACGAUGCCUGCAGGACUCCAGCUUGCGAGCAGCUCUGGAAGUGGGUUAGCGCAGAUCCGUCGGGCGAGGAGCGGGCUGUCACACGGACAGCCGGCAGCAAAUCGAUCUCUGCUUUCUCCCCUCCUUUACCAGGGUGGUACUGGGGCAACAUGAGCGUUGCCGAAGCCAAGGAGAGGCUGCAGGAUGCCCCCGAGGGGACUUUUUUGGUUAGGGACAGUUCACAUUCCGAGUAUCUGCUGACCAUCUCGGUCAAAACCUCGGCGGGACCGACCAACCUGCGCAUCGAGUACCAGGACGGCAAGUUCAGGCUGGACUCCAUCACCUGCGUCCGAUCGAGGCUCAAGCAGUUCAACAGCGUCGUGCACCUGAUCGAGUACUACGUGCUGAUGUGCAAGGACAGAACCGAAACGCCUUCGAAUGGGACGGUCCACCUCUACUUGAACAAACCCCUGUACACGUCAGCCCCGUCUCUGCAACACCGCUGCAGAAUAACUAUAAACAAAUGUACGAACCAGAUCUGGGAGCUGCCGUUGCCAACGAGGCUAAAAGAGUACUUGAAAGAGUACCGGUACCAGGUAUAAAUGUCUUUUCUAAAUGCCUCUAACGUAGAGUAACUUUUAAAUGCAAUUCUUAAAAUCGGCCAAAGAACUGAGUAACCAGUUGUACAACUCAGCGUGGAAUUCACUAUCAAAACAGUGGCAGUUCUGGGGGAAAGGUUUUUAUUUCAGAUGCCACAAAGGGAGGCUUUAUAUGUAGAAUUAUCCCCGCUCGCAUCCCUGGGGUUGGACAAGGUGACGCGCCGUCCCUGCAGGGGGAGCGGAGCCAGGAGGCUGUCUGCAUGGCAUUGCUUUGUCAGUGGCGUAAGGUACCGCAUAAGGACAGAACGCUGACUGAGCGGGACGGGGAGAGGCUGCGGAGUGUCGGAGAUGUGCGGGAGUGCACGAGUAGCUCAGCUGUCUGCUUCUGAGAUUCGUGUGGUGCCGGUGUUCGCACAACCCUGAAAGCUUAAUUGGAUCGCACUGCGAUAAUCUUGCCAAAGUUAUGCAACUAAUCAAAUCCAGUCAAAAGAGUGAUCGUCUAUUCGGUUUUUAUUGAACUCCGAUCUUUGUGCUUUUCUGCAAGGAAAGGAGUGCUGUAAGCAGUUUCAAACCUUGUUUUUCAAAGUUCUCUAAAAGCUGAUGUUAAGGAGCAAUGCCACAUCUUUUGUAGGAACCCAGUAUGUUGCUGAUUAUACCAGAUUGGUAUCCCAGAAUCUUUGUUAACAUGUUAACAUCUUCCCGGUGGUGAAUAUAUCCAUGUUGUUACUAUUAAGCCUCUUUUGGUUGAGGCUUUAGGACUCCACGCUGCAGAGCUGCAGCCGCUCAGUUCCGAUGUCAGGACAUGGAUAUCAGCAGAUACAGCUGUCUUCUACAGUGUAGAAUGUUUUCUUCAGCUCGUUUCCCAAAAUAUGGGGAAAUUUGGAUUUUUUUUUUUUUUUUGAGGGGAAUGGUUUUUGUGGUUUUGUUUUGUUUUGUUUUGUUUUUCUCCUAAUUCACGAUUGUAGCUCUCAGACUAUUACUCAAUAAAAUCAAUCAGAUUGCACAUCUA